UGCGGUUCUGUGGCACCAGCGAGAGGAAGGCUGGAGUUAUAGUAGGGGUUUACAGUCAUGAGACAGAAAAUACCUUCACUGAUGCUGCCGCUCAUAUCAACAAUCAGUCAUCUGGCAAUCUCGUCCGUCUGAUGCAGUAGUCACAUCAAUUUUGUGCCUGUUGACUGGGCGGAAGGAGUGUGAGCAACAUUGGCCUAAUCUAGAGGAGUGUUAAGAGGAACCACAGCCAUGGCAUCCAAUGAAACACGGCUGGAAGGCACAAGUACAAGAGUGAACGGCCGGGGAGUUAAGCGUGCUAACCCUAUUGUAUUAAAUGGCUUGGAAGGGACUGCAGAGGAGAAAAACUCAGAUUAUCUCUGUCCAGUGUGCCUGGAUCUUAUAUCAGAAGCUCACAUGACAAAAUGCGGGCACACAUUUUGCCACAGGUGUUUAGUUAACAGCAUAGAAUCAAAUAAGAGAUGUCCCAAAUGCAGUUUUACUGUUGAAAGUGUUGAUCACAUAUUCCCAAACCACACUGUGAAUCAGCAAGUACUGAAACAACGUCGCAAGGCUGAUCUACAUGCAGCAUUCACAAAAAAGAAUAAUGUGGCAGCCCUCAGUGAACUCAGGAAUAAUCUAAGCUUUGAAACUUCCUCCCUAGGACUAAGUGAUAUUACUCAUAUAAUAAGUAUAUUACAAGAAAAGAAAGAACAGUUAGAAGCAGCAUCAUUGCAAAAUAAGUUUUUAUUAAUGAAAGACUUCUUAUUUACUCUUAAAAAACAGAAGGAAGAACAGAUGUCUUCUAUAAGUAGAGAAUUAAAGCUUAUAUCACAUGAUCUCUCUUGUGUAGAGACCAAUCUUGACCCUUCAUCUCCUUUCAAAAGUUUAUCCAGCACAUUAUCCCAGGGAGGAAGUGUUUCAAAUUCAAGUGGUAUUUUCCUUACUGAUGGAGAAUCCCCUGGAACAUCCAAUGGACCCCAAGAACCUCAAAGUCCUUCAGAGGAAGGCUUUAAUGUUCCCCUGUUCAGCCAGGCCUGCCCAGAGAGUUCCACAGUUCAUGCUAAACGAAAGAGAAUGCAUCUCCACUUUGAGGAGCUGGUGGAGAGGUACUUCAGCAUGCGGGUCCCUGGCUUCAGUGAUUCUGGCAUGGAUGAGGAGGAGGAUCAAGGGCUUGACCAGUUUGGGGAAUGCAUCUCCAGAUUUACUCAAUACAGUGCCAUGCGUCCAUUAGCCACAAUCAAUUACAAUUGCGAUAUGUUUAACCAGUCCAGUAAUAUUGCUUCCAGUAUUGAAUUUGACAAGGAUAGUGAGUAUUUUGCUGUUGCUGGACUCACAAAGAAAAUUCGCAUCUUUGACUAUGGCACAGUGAUCAGAGACACUGUGGAUUUACAUUAUCCAUGUUCUGAAAUGAUCUGCAGUUCAAAAAUUAGUUGUGUGAGCUGGAGCAACUACAUGAAAAACUUCUUGGCUAGUAGCGACUAUGAUGGUACAGUGACAGUGUGGGAUGCCUUUACUGCCCAAAGACUCCAUGUCUUCCAGGAACAUGAAAAGAGGUGCUGGAAUGUAGAUUUUAAUAAGAUGGACACCAAACUGAUAGCCUCAGGUAGUGAUGACCACAAAGUGAAGCUGUGGUCAUUGGACAAUGAGAGAUCCAUCACAUCAUUGGAAGCCAAAGCAAAUGUGUGUUGUGUGCAGUUCAAUCCCUCCAGCAGAUACCACCUUGCAUUUGGGUCAGCUGAUCACUGUGUGCACUAUUACGACCUCCGCAACAUGAAAGAGGAAGUGAGAGUGUUUAAGGGACACCGGAAAGCUGUGUCGUACGUUAAGUUUGUGUCAAGUGAGGACAUUGUCUCAGCCUCAACGGACAGUCUGUUGAAGAUUUGGAACGUCAACAAGUCUCACUGUGUACGUUCCCUUCAAGGACACAUAAAUGAGAAAAACUUUGUUGGCUUAGCCACAGAUGGAGAAUAUGUGGCUUGUGGGUCUGAAAACAAUUCACUCUAUGUGUAUUAUAAAGGGAUGUCUAAGAAGUUGUUUAGUUUGAAAUUUGAUCAGAAGAAGUGGGUUCUUGAUCAGGAACAAAAAGAGGAGGAAUCCACAGAGUUUGUUUCUGCCGUUUGUUGGAGGAGAGGGUCUAACAUCAUAGCAGCAGGGAAUAGCAAGGGUAUAAUAAAGAUAUUGCAGAUGGUAUAAUGAACAUUAUAACUUUAUUUCAAUGGUAGCUUGAUAUUUAUGAAAUAGCAUAUGUUCUGUAUUUAGUAUGCAGGUGUGCUUUUUAUGUAGAGUGUAUUUGGGUAUUUGUACAAAUUAGUAUGUGAUAUGUGUAGUUUUACCAGAAAAUUAAGUAAAGUUGAUACAGGUUUUUAAUGAUUUAUUUAUCAGGGUGACCUGAUAAGGUUUCUUGUGCAGCUGUGCACUGAACUUCCAUAAUGCUUUGUUCAAGUUAUAGUUUUCUGUUAGUGUUGAAAUGAUAACUUUAUUUAUCACAGGCUUAAGUAUGUUUCAGAUGAAUUACAUUUAUUGUUUUGAUUAUUCAGAUCACAUAUUUCAUUAUGUGACAUGAUCAAUUAACAUGAUAUACAUGAUUCAUAUGACAGUGUAGUAUUGGGGAGAGAGUGUCCAUCUUGCUGUUGUCCUGUACACUUCCUUUCAUCUCAGCAACCCUUCAUGUUAUUACUAGCUCUUUUCUCAUUCUAUUUUAUUUAUUUAUAUUUUUUUCAGUAAGGAUUUUUGCUUUAAAUGAAUGAUAACUUAAGUUCCCAACUUCACUGAUAAAACUCCAUACAACAUUUAGAUCACUUUGCUCUCAUAGGUACAAUAGUAAUGCUGAUAAACAACAUAUCUGUAAUUACUUCACAGCCCUAGAACAUUUUCAAGUUUCAUUACAGUUAUAGAACACCAAUAUGAAAUACAUAAUAAUUUUCUCACUCCAGAUUGAUCUGUCUGUUAUUUAAAAUAAAAUUUUAUGGUGUUCAUGUUCUGUUGAUCUCAAAUAUUUCACUUUUGUAGCCCAUUUUCCUCCUUUUCUUAUUGAUGCAUGUUUCUUGUGUGGAUAUCCAACUUCUAAUUUUUGUUUCAUAUGUCCUGUGUCAUAUUUUUCUCUGGAAACCUAAUUCACAUCCUCUACCACAUUUCAUCUCAUUUAUAUGAUUCUCUCUCUCUCUCUCUCUCUCUCUCUCUCUCUCUCUCUCUCUCUCUCUCUCUCUCUCUCUCUCUCUCUCUCUCUCUCUCUCUCUCUCUCUCUCUCUCUCUCUCUCUCUCACGCACACACACACACACACACACACACACACACACACACACACACACACACACACACACACACACACACACACACACACACACACACACACACACACACACACACACACACACACACACACACACACACACACAUACACAUUAAAUCAUUAAAUAAAUUUUCAUCAAAUACCUUAAUUUUAGUUUUACCAGUAUCUGCUGUCAGCUUUCUCCUUUUCUAUAUCAGGAUCACUAUCAUGUCAUUAAAUUUUCUCAUCUUCCCUUAUGGCAUUGGAUGGAUUUUUCAUAUACAUGGAGCAAAAGGCUUUCGGCCCUGUAUGUUCUUCCUGACAGGGAGUAGCUGUGGUGUUGUGGUGACCCCCUUGGGAGGGUUCCAGUCAAUUAUUGGGUUCUCUUUCCCUAGGGCUGCUUGCACCAUGUGAUAGUCUCAUUGCAUAGCUGCAUCUUAUGGUGGAUUGUGGGUUGCCUCAUCCCUACAUUCAGUUAUACACAUCAUUUAUUUCAUUAAAAUCACCUGUGAAUCCUUCAUGACAUCUGCCAUCAAUGCGCCAUCAUCAGUUUAUAUAUAUGCUAAUGCUUUCUGUUCCUCUUGUUUUAGAUAACAUUGGAAUUAUUUAGUUACAGUAUCCUGCUUUAAUUAGUUCAUUUGUAUUAUAUAUAGCAAACAGCAGGAUACUUAUCACUAUUGGCUUGUCCCUAUCUUCACUUCUGAGUUAUAACUCAUACCUCCUGAAUCAUUGAUGUAACACAACUGUAAUGAUUAAUCCUUCAUAUGUAACUUAUUCUCUCUCUUCCAGAGCUGCAUAUUUUUUUCAUCUCUCCUACCAGUCUCUCUGUCCUUUGGUAGAUGCUGUCAUACUUUUGUACCAUCCUUGCACAUUUUCAGUAUCUGAGUUGAUGUCAUGCUGGUGAUCAAGUUUCAGACAUCCAAGUUGUUAUCAAGUCUUUGUUCCUUCCCUGAUGUACACUACAACUACAACUCAAUAGCUCAGUUUGUUUUCAUCUCAUGCAAUCUCUUUUGUCAAAUUAUAUAUAUAUUUUUUUCUUAUAUCUUUUACUGUUAUCUUGGCCUUCUAUCCCCUUUUCAGUGAUUUUUCUUCCUUAUGUUCUAUUUGCUUCAAAUGUUACUAUCUGUGUGGGCUCUCACCCCAAAGGCAUUUUAGCCUUUUAUUUAUUUAUAUAUGUAUUAGAUGAAUUGAUUGUUUCUUAUUUUUUAUCGUUUUUUCACUGUAAUACAUAACUAAGUGGAUCACUGCAGGACUAGUGGUCUGGCCAUAUUGGGCAAGGCACCAAGGUUUGUCAUUAUUAGAAAUUGCAUUUAAAGUAAUAAGUUGUAAAUUUUACUUAUUUAAUGGUUCUCUUGAAUACUCAACAACAUCCAUUAUCAAAAGAGAAGGGUUGUGGCUCACAAAUGAAGUGUGAGCUUUUGUAAUGUGCAUCUGUGUGACCUGUGCUGCCCACACACAGCUGGCUGGCAGGUGGCUUGGUAGUGUGCCAUUCAGAUUCAUGAAGUAGUUAGGGAUUGACAUGUAUUGGUAAGGUCACAAGGAGCUGAGGACUAGUGAAAUAUAGAGAAGUUGGUGUUUAUAGAGUGAAUAUAUGUAACUAUAUAAUUGUUGCAUAAGUAACAAAAGUUAUAACAUCCUCUAAAAGUACAUUCCCUAAGAAGGAUUGCAGAUUUUGUUAUUGAGCAACUUAAUGUUUUGUGUAUUUACGUGAUACUUGAUAUGUUCCUAGUUCCUACAGUGAAGUAAACAUUUCAAAGCAGAUUUACCUUGAUCAUGUAGCAGUGUCUCAUAUAGUCAGAAACCAAGCAACUUUCAUUUUUAGAAAGUUCCAGUGUAAAGUGCUUAUAGCAUCUAUAUUCAGUUGUGUAUCAGCUACUACCUCUAGUUAUUUAUGUAAGAUGUAUAUAGUCUGAACUUUUGAAAAAUGUAACUAUAGACACACACAUUCUACAAAGUCUCUCCAUUAGUCCAUAUGUGAAAGUAAUGCCAAUGAGAUAUGAUUUGUACUGUGUUGUACAAGGGAACUUGAACGUACAUAUCAAAUACUUUUAAUGUGUCUGAGCUUGAGGAAAAUUAUGACUAUUUGCAUUGGUGAAGGAAUUAUAAGCAAGAGCCAGUUUAGUGUGGAAGUACCCUGCUAGAGAAUGGGAAGCAGUGAAAAGACGAGUUAGUAGUUGCUGCAGUAUUGAGACUAAUGAUCAUGUGGGGAUAGUCUGUAAGUGAGCAAAAUUAGCUUUAAAGUAUGAAUGUACAAGUGCAUAUUUUGGAGUUCAUAUUUUUGAUAAUAAAGUUUUCUAUGGGUAGAAUCUUCAUGUAGAAGAAUAAUGUCAAGAUAUAUUUGGCUGAGUCUUUGUUAACAAUCAUUUUUACAUUUUCAUAACUUAAUCAUUUAUGUUUAGGAGAUGUGAGUUAUGUUUUGAAAGUAUAUAAGUGUUGCAUUAUCCAAAAUCAAAUGUAAACAUUUGUCAACAUUCUUAACUUGCAUAGAGUGGGGUAAUGGUACCAUGAUUCCAGCUGAUCACCUCAAAAAAUAACAUGGGAGGGAUAAUUGUAAUGUGUACAAGUCAGGGCUUUAGCUGGAUUUGUUGGUAUGCAAAUUGUUUUGUAUUCCUGUGGCUGUUUAAACAGCAUCACUGACAAGUGUUGCUUAUACUAAAGAAUCCUAACUUUUCUCUCUUCAUACAUAGUGGAAAAUAAAUUUCAUAAGUUUCAUGAUGAAGAUGAAUGUUUAAAAGUCCUUCUUCACACUCUGAAACACUAUUAUUUUUCUUUCAUCAUCACUGUGAACAUUGGACUUCUUAUGUGCCUUUUAUUCACACAUUAGAUAUGUGCUAUAAUGGAGAAAAAAGAAAAAAAAAAAGAACAAAACUCAGUAGAGUAUUUGUGGCCAAAAUCUUGUGUUUUUUUUGGUGACUUCCUCAACUUGGUUCUUGUGUAUGGUAUACUGUUAUUUUUUAUUUAUUUUAUUUUUUAUUGAAGGAAAAUUUUUUGAGUUAUUUUACUGUAUUUUUGUUAGGGCAGAGAUUGCCAUCUGGUAGAAUCAGCAUCUCUCAGUAGAAACUGAUCAGAAUCUCUACUUAUAGAAACCACAACAGAGUUACCACCUGUAGCAAUUGCAAUGAUAUAUUUAAUGUGACAUUUUAUUUACCUUGCUGUUGUUCUGAUCUAAUGUAUCUUAUCUCAAACCUAAUCCUGUCUAACAACGAAACUGUAUAAACAAAAAAAUAACUUAACCAUAGACGUACAAACCUUGAUUGUAUUUGCUAUUGGCAGACUCCACUUUGAGGUUUUAUAGCAGAAGCUCCUGUUCAGCCAGAUUGCAAUCAAUAUGUUGUACUUGAUGCUUUCUUCACUUUUUUGAAGAAAGAUCUUACAAGACAUGUUGAAAAGUAUCAGACUUUAGGCCAAGCAAUAGAAAGUGGCUUACAUUCUGAAUUCUAACUCUUAAUGUUCAAUGUGUUCUUUGUGACUCUACAUGCUUAGCUCAUUGGUCCUUCCAAUGCUAGGAACAGCUCUACAAGUCCUGCUUUAGACUAGCUAACAGAUGUGCUAAUGUGUCUUGCGUUACAUCUUGACUCAAACGGGGGCCAUUUUAGCAGCAUCUUCAGUUUAGGGAACAGCUAGAUGUCAUAAGGAAGUAUGUCUGGAGAGUAGAGGUAAAACUAGUUUUUGGGCAAGAUAUUGUGAAUUAUGUGAAGAAUAUGGUGGGGCAUUGUCAUGAGUCAGCUGUGAGGUGCCUGACUCCCACAAGUCAAGUCAGUCCAUUUUUCACACCUGUUACUAGAUUUCUUGGUCAGGCACCAAAUUUCUUGGAUUUGCCUGUUCUCCAGGCAUGAUAUCUGACUGUUCCUUAAGCUGCUGCUGCUGCUGCUGCUGCUGCUGCUGCUAAAAGAAUCCCAAUUGGUGAGCUAAGAAGGUCUCCAAAAUGCAACUGUGCAUCUUGUAGCCAUUACAGAACACAACUAAAAGGAAUGUUCCCAACUGCUGGACUAUGUGUGGAGUCACAAGGAGCACAUAAUCUAAGGAUAUAAGACUUGGAAGUCCAGAAAAAGCAAGCUACUUUUUGCCCUCUAACCUAAGGUUGAAUAUUUUUUUUGACAGACCUUGAAUUGUGUACAUGAAGUUUUCUUCAGUUUCUUGAAGGUGUUUUCAUACUUAACAGUAACUAUUUCAUGUCAGUGAAUUCUUAAUGCAAUAACAUAUUUUUUUCCAUCAUGGAAAUGUGUAAUAAAGGGAGUUAACUACCCAAA